AUGACAUGUGAUAAACGUUUUGCUUUAACUUCAGCACUAAAUACUCCUAAUUCUCCAGCCAACGGUCGACCUCGCCUAUUUUCAACACCUGAAAAACAAGAUCUCGAAACAAUAUAUGAGAGUGAAGCUAAUGCUAUGACUGGUAGUUUUGAUCACAGUGAUGUAGAUCGAUCUCUAUCAUCGAGUAAAAUAAAUGCUGAUUUAACAUCAAAACGAGCUCGAAUACAAGCUGUAUUAUCACCACGUAGCAAUGCAAAUAAUAAAAAACCAAAUCCAGUGUUAAGCAGUUCUGCUGCAGUUUCUUCUCGUAUAACAAACAAUACUGCUGGUCCUGGUGGUGGUGGUGGUGGUGGUGGUGGUGGUGGUAGCGGUGCUUCCGCUAGUGCUCAUCAUGAAACUAAUGACGACUUUGACCAACGAAAUGUUGUUGCUGCUCUUGCUCCAUAUGCGAAUGCUGCUGCGCCUGUAACUUCAUUAAGAAUACCACCUGGAAAAUUUAAUGUAACAAGUUCGACAGUUUCGUCAUCAGCAACAUCUACAACAACACCAUCAACGUCAGUAUCGUCAACAGCGAAAGAAUUUCUUACUCACCGUACUCGUUCUCGUUCAAAAACAGAUUCGCAAUCAGUAUCUGAUAAAUCUCUGUUUUCAAGAAUAUUUUCUUCGAAAAAAUCAAAAAAGCCUAUGGGUACAUUAAUAACAACAACAAGCAAAUCAAUUGAUCUAGAUGUAAAUAAGAAACGACAAAACUUUGUUAAUCAAUCAUCUUUAACAAAAAGUAAUGGCCCACGAUCGGCAAUCAAUGAAGCAGAAGAAUAUGACUAUGCUAAUGAUGAUGACACAAAUAUUUCUACUGGUUCCUUGUCAGAUACUGAUCAAUUCGAUGAAAAAGAUGAUGUUUUAACUACUAGUCUUAGUUCUAAUACAACUUUAUGUCAAAGCACGAAAAAUAGUGGUGCUGGAAAAAAGUUAAAUAUGAAUUCAAAUACUAUGACAACACCUACAUCAGAUCCACAAUAUUACGCAUCGAUGUCAUCGGCACCGACUGGCUUUUCAAUUUCCUAUCAUCAACGUUUGACAAAGGGUAAUGAUGAUCUUCGAAAGCAAGCUGCAUUUGGUCUACUUCAGAAACAAAAUAAAACAGGAACUGCUGCUGUUGCUGCUGCCGCCGUUGGUGCAAAUAAUUUAAUGUCUCUUUUUCAAGAUCCGAACAGAAGUGGAACACAAAGUCCAACUUCUAUGAUUGGUACAACUCGAGUGAAAACAUUUUCUGGACAAACAAUUAUUACGCGAAAUAGUUCAUCAUCAGAUCAACCACCAACAUAUUGGAUUCGUCCAACGUCAUUGCCACCAAAUCAUGACCCUGAUGAAGCAUUUAUAAGUGACGAUGAAAUUUAUACACAUUUUAUGAAAUAUAAUACGUGUUAUGAUAUUAUGCCGAAAAGUUCUAAAUUAGUUAUUUUUGACACGCAAUUAGGUGUAAAAAAAGCUUUCUUUGCUCUUGUUUACAAUGGUGUACGUGCAGCACCAUUAUGGGAUACAAAACGACGCAAAUUUAUUGGCUUAUUAACAAUAACAGAUUUUAUUCUUAUAUUACAGAAAUAUUAUAAAGAGCCACAUGCUAAAAUUGAUGAAUUAGAAGAGCAUAGAAUUGAAACAUGGAGAGAAGUUUUACGAGAAUAUGAAAAACCUUUAUUAUUUAUUCGACCAGAUGAAAGUUUAUUUGAAGCGGUACGUGUUUUAGUAGAAAAUCGUGUUCAUCGAUUACCUAUCAUUGAUCCAACAACACAUAAUGUUGUAUUUAUCUUAACACAUAAACGUAUAUUAAGAUUUUUUUACUUAUAUAUUUAUGAUUGGCCACAACCUGCAUUUAUGUCAAAAACAUUAGAAGAAUUAAACAUUGGAACGUAUAAUAAUCUACAAGUAAUCGAAGAGCAUACAACAGUGAUUGAAGCCUUAAAUUAUUUUGUGGAAUAUCGUGUAUCAGCAUUACCUGUCGUUGAUAAAAAUAUGAAAUUAGUUAAUAUUUACUCGAAAUUUGAUGUUAUUGGUUUAGCACCAGAUAAAAGUUAUCGAAAUUUAAAUAUAACAAUAAAUGAAGCAUUAUCAUAUCGAAAAGAACGUUUUGAAGCUGUAUCAAAAUGUUAUAAACAUGAAUUAUUAUCAGUAUGUAUGGAACGUAUUGUUAAAGCUGAAGUACAUCGUUUGGUUAUUGUUGAUAAAGACGAACAUGUCAUUGGUAUACUUUCAUUAUCCGAUUUGCUCUAUUAUAUUGUCAUACGUCCAAGUAAAACUGAGCACAAAACAACAACUUCGGAACCACCUACUGUUGAAACUAAUGAAGAAACAAAAAAUAGUUAUUGA